CCGUUUCGCAUCGCAUCGCACCACCAUCGGACAGGAGUUCAUUCUGUCGUGGGCGCAGCGGCUGCUUCAGACAUGUAUUACAAACUUUUAAUAAUAGCUUUCCUCGCUGUUAGUUUAUACGGCACGCCAUCAGAUGGACAGAAAAAGAAAGAGACCCUGCUGUCAGAGAAGGUCAGUCAGAUGAUGGAGUGGACCAGUAUGCGUGCAGUGAUCCGGCUGAACGGAGAGAAGUUCAGGAGGCUGGUCCGAGCCCCUCCACGAAACUACUCGGUCAUCAUCAUGUUCACAGCACUGCAGCCUCAGAGACAGUGUACAGUCUGCAAACAGGCAGAUGAAGAGUACCAGAUCCUUGCCAACUCCUGGCGUUAUUCGAGUGCGUUUACUAACAGGAUCUUCUUUGCAACGGUGGAUUUUGAUGAAGGCUCAGAUGUUUUUCAGAUGCUUAACAUGAACUCGGCUCCGACGUUCAUCAACUUCCCGGCCAAAGGCAAACCGAAGACGGCGGACACAUACGAGCUGCAGGUGCGGGGGUUUGCGGCCGAACAGCUGGCUCGAUGGGUGGCCGACCGGACAGAUGUUCAUAUCCGGGUCAUCAGGCCUCCGAACUACGCCGGGCCGCUGCUGCUGGGUCUGCUGCUGGCCUUCAUCGGCAGUCUGGCUUACUUACGACGAAACAACCUGGAGUUCCUGUUCAACAAGAACGUCUGGGCCUUCUCUGCACUGAGUUUUGUUUUGAUCAUGACUUCUGGUCAAAUGUGGAACCACAUCAGAGGACCUCCAUACGCUCACAAGAACCCAAACACUGGCCAAGUGAGUUACAUCCACGGCAGCAGUCAGGCUCAGUUUGUGGCAGAGACUCACAUUGUUCUUCUCUUCAAUGCUGCGGUAACUUUAGGAAUGGUGCUGCUUCACGAAGCCGCGACCUCUGACCUGGACAUCGGGAAGAGGAAAAUCAUGUGUGUAGCAGGAAUCGGGCUGGUGGUGCUCUUCUUCAGUUGGCUGCUCUCCAUCUUUAGGGCCAAAUAUCACGGAUAUCCUUACAGCUUCCUGUUCGGUUAAACGAAGACCCUCGGAGGAACCGUGGCAAAUAUUAAUGCACAAAGUGCCUAAAUGUUUAAAAUGAGAGAUUGAUUUGGUAAAGUUCUGCUUGAGCCUGUAUGUGCCUUUUUGCUCGUUUUCUUUUAUAUAUUAUAGAUUACAUUUUAAAGGUUUUAAUGAAAAUGUUAGUUUGUUGGAUUUCUCUCCCUGAGUGGUCUAGUGCAGUGGUUUUCAAACCGAUCCAUUAAGAGCCCCAGUAUGUCUCCCUCUAUCUGACACACCCACUUCUGGUCUCGCAGUAUCCACUAAUGAGCUUAUGAGUUGAGUCGAGUGUGAUAGAUGAGGGAGAUACUCCAGGACAGGAUUGAGAACCACUGCUUUAGUGCAAGGAAAGGUGGACAGAGGAUAAACUGAAGCGGAUACACUGUAUGGCAUCACUUGCAAAUUGUUUUGUAGCUCAUCAGUUUUAUAUUGAAUCUGGUUCAGUAAAAUGCAUGGAUUUGGAAGAUGAACAAAAGCAAGCAAGGUGUUUUUAAUUCUACCUCAUAAAUAUGCAUAUCAAGUGUCCAAAGUCAAAUCGAAGCCGGUGUAGCUUCUGAGGUAUGAGUAUGAGGUUCAGUAGGAAAUGGAAGGAAAGCUCAGGUGAAUGUGGGGUGUUUGCACUGCCUCAGGUGAUGAUUUCUGCCAUUAAAAGUGCCUUGAUUCCUUG